AUAGAUAGUAAACAUCUCUGUCCACAGCCUAUUCAUAAAGAGACAGUAAACCUAUCUGUGCUGCCCCUCCCCCCCCCUUUUUCCCCUCUGUCUCCUUACCCCUCCCAAGUCGAGCCCGCCCACACCCAUGUAGCACCUCACGCAAGAUUUUUUUCUGGCAGAGCCGUACUUGAACCACGAAUUCUCCCA